CAGUGUUAAACCGGAGCCUCCCGCGAAGCUCCACGAGUCUCUGGAAAUGGCGGUAGCUAUGACCAUGGGGGCGUUCAUCCCGCGAUUCGCAAGCCCUAGAAGUCCCACUUCCAGUCUCACCACCACUGUCGCCGCCCCUUCUGCUCAAUUUCUCGGAGGCAACGGAACCUCUCGUCGGAGAAUCGUUGCCGGCUGCCGUGGACCGUCGCUUUUGCGAGCUCUCUCAGGAGCCCAAGGGAUCCCGCAUGCGUUGGUGAGGAUUGUGGCUAUUGUCGGAGAGGGAUGCAUCAGCCCGCUGAAGGACGCAUCCUGGGAAGAGGUCAUGCUCCACACUGCAAAUAGGCUGAAGUGGGUAGAUGAAGAAUUUCAAAUGCUUGUAUUUACUGAUCAAUCUAUCUUGUCCAAAGACACCAAUUUGCAGAAUAUACAAAAGGAACUAGUUUCUGCCAAUUUCUUGGUCAAUGUGGCCCUAAGAAAUCAGGAAGCGAUUGAUUGGAUCAAGGUAAAUAGUGAACAUAUCCCAAAUGUCAUCUGUUUUGAAUCUUCUUCAGCUCUAGAAUACAAACUUGGAGGGUUUAUAAUUCCUAGAAAGAGUGAGGAGAACGUGUUUGGCAAGUUGGUUGACAUUGCUAAUUCAAAGAGCAAGAAAGAAUCAUUACAAGUUGUUAAAACUGUGGCUGACGCAUGGGGGAGGCAUAAUUCUGAUGACAUCAGGUUCUGUUUGCUUGUUAUAAUAAAUGCAUAUAUAAAACCUGUUCCAAUGCUCAAGAAUUUAAGGGCCAAGGGAUUCUCCACCCUUAAUUGUAUGUUGAAGAAUUGUGCAUCAGAGGUAAUGGAUUGUUUGUUGGAUCCAAACUGCAGAAAGGCGCUUCAAUGCUUAAAUGCCUGCUCUCCAACUGAUCAAGUCUGUAACUAUCGCUGCAUUGCCUCUUAUGAGAGUGAAUACUUGGAGGCCUUCUCUCUUUGUGUGUUGGAAAAAAACAACUGCCUUGAGUUAGAUGCUGAGAUCCCAAGCAAACCGUUUGUAGCUCCUCUGUCUGCAUUCAGAGGAGAGGCUUUGAGUCAUGAAGUUGCAGAAGAUCUUUUUGUCGGUUGGUUGGGAGAGCUGGACUGGAGCUGGCGAGUUGUAGCAGGCCAAAAUCCUGCAUAUGAUCAGUUUCCUUGUCAAUUUCAAUUAUUCUACAGGGGAAAGUCUAGAAACGCCUUCUGGUAUGAGCCCGUCUUUCAAGUCAGGACUCUUGAAGGGAAACUGGUUUGGAGGCGGAGAAGGUACCGGGUAGUGAGAGCAACGGUUCCAGGCACAUUUUUCUUCAGUGUGCUUGAUAAUGGUGUAGUUUCGAAAGAGUUUUGGACAAUUGUUGAUGUAUGCAAUGAUUUCAGCUGGGGUUUGUUUCACUAUAGUGGGGCGGCUCGAGCAGCAGGGCAGGCUUACACUGGUGCUGUUCUUGUUAGUCCUGAUGGAAUGUAUCCACCUGAUAUGGGAGGUCAGAGAUUGAUUUCUGCCUUGGAAAAGUGUAGUAUAAAGGAAUGGGAGCUAUUUGAUGUUGACAAUUCUUCUUGUUCUAGCCCUCCCUUGGGAAUUCCGCAGGGCUCAAGGCUACAUGCAAAGAUUGAUGUAAAGCAUCAGAAAUCUACUUACGAUCAGAGAAUGUAAAUGCAUAUGAUGCACACCUAUACAAAAUGAUACGUGGUUCAGUGAUUGUAGGCUUGAAUUUUAGCAGGCUUGUCACUUGUGCACUUCAUUCAGAGCAACUGCUUCUUUAGCUAUUGACGGCAUUGUCGGAUAGAACAUGACCUGUAUGGUAGUUUCAGUUGAUGGCAUCAUGGUGCUGAAAACAUGCAGGUAAUCCAUGCCUUUCUGGUCAUUCUAAAUCAGUUUUCAUUCCUCAUUAUUGUUACCACUAUUAUUUUGCAAACUGGUUAUAUAAAUUCAUAGCUCA